GGUUGACUCUAUUUGGAGCUUUUGUGGUAAUGCAGUUUGGUGCACUCUGGGUUCGGCAUAAAGUCACCCGUCCUCUGCUCGACUACCAAAAGAUCGAGAUGAGAAGCGCUACCAUCGCUCUGCUGCCGUUCCUGUUUGCUGAGCGCGACCGCGCCGCCCUCCUCCAAAUGCGCCGCAACCGCGACGCUGAGGCGGACCUGAUGAAGAACGUGGAGGGCUGGGAGGUGGGAACGUACAUGGGAGAGCCCAUUUACAAGACGAUCGACGAGGAUGGCUGGCACGAGCCUAAGAAGUUCGAAUAUUUCGAGCACUCCGAUCCCAUGUACCUUCGCACCUUUGCCGACUGCCACCUCAGGCGAUGAGUUCAGCACUCUGCUUCGAAUUUACUCUAUCUUAUGUCUAUUUUGGACUCGUACACCCGAUGUUAUUAGUUUAUGCCGGACUAGUAACCGAGAUCGUCGUUGGUAGACAAAUGGUUGAAGGAGAUAGUAUAUCUUCAGUAAGUGCAAGUUCUUCGUAGUAAUAACCUCUGUACCGAGCGUACGAAACUAGUGCAGUGCUGCUUUACUGUCAGCCGGUCUACAUCAUAGCCCCAAUAAUGAUGGCGUGGCGAUUUUGAUGGAGAAUAACAAGUUAUGCACGGAUUAUUUCCAGCAACGCCAUGUAACAAGUGGUACUAAGCACUUUCCUUAAUCUGUAGUACCUUAUCGUCGAUUUUGUUUGUCAAGAACUAAUAUGUCUGUCAAGAACUAUAUUUCAUAUCACUGCCAGUCCUAAAUUUUAAAUUGGAGUAAAAUUCAUUAAAUAGUAUGUUGAACCUAAUGAGAUGUAGUACAUGAAAUGAUUGGCUACUUACAUAGCUGGUCCUAAGGCCUCUGUCUUACAUUCAUAUUUGGUCUCGUCAAGUCGAUGGCAUGACAGUAUCUCAUUUUCUUGUACAUAAAUGGUUGUCAAGCCGAA